AUGCAUUCUACGGAGAACCUAUCCUUUGUCCUUGAAAAGGUUCAAUCCCUGAAGUUUGAGAACCGUCCUAUUCCUCAACUACAGGACCCCCAUGACGUCCUUGUGAGGGUGAAAUUUACUGGAAUCUGUGGGAGCGAUGUACACUACUGGCACGCCGGCCAAAUUGGCCCUUUCAAAGUCGAGCAACCAAUGGUCCUAGGCCACGAAUCCUCCGGAAUUGUCGAAAAAGUAGGCAACAAAGUCACAACGUUGAAAGUCGGCGACCGCGUCACCAUGGAGCCUGGCGAACCAUGCCGUCGCUGUGAUGCAUGCAAAGUUGGAACAUACAAUCUCUGUCCCGACAUGGCAUUUGCCGCAACACCCCCCUACGACGGAACCCUGGCGAAAUACUAUCGCCUACCAGAGGAUCUUUGUUAUAGAAUCCCAGAAGGCAUGACUCUAGAGCAAGGCGCCCUUGUGGAGCCGCUGAGUGUUGCAGUGCAUCUUGUCCGACGGGCAGAGGUGUCACCAGGCGUAUCUACCGUGGUUUUUGGCGCGGGGCCCGUUGGAUUGUUGUGCUGUGCUGUAGCCAAGGCGUUUGGGGCUGGGAAAGUUGUUGCGGUGGAUAUCCAACCGAAAAGGCUGGAGUUUGCUAAGCUCUAUGGGGCGACUUCGACUUACUUACCAGGAGCCGUUUCCGCGAUGGAAAAUGCCGCGCGUUUGAAUGCCGAUAGUGAUCUGGGCAACGGUGCCGAUAUUGUGAUUGAUGCUUCUGGGGCAGAGGCAUCGAUCAAUACUGGUAUUCAUGUUCUUCGUGCUGGUGGUACUUAUGUUCAGGGUGGUAUGGGACGCGAUGAGGUGAAUUUCCCUAUUACGGCUGCGUGUACGAAGGAAUUAAACAUCAAGGGGAGCUUCCGGUACUCGAGUGGUGACUACAAGCUUGCCAUUGAGCUUAUUGCCUCUCAGAAAGUCAAUGUGCAGGAUUUGAUUACUGAUAUCUUCAAGUUUGAGGAUGCUGAGCGGGCUUUCGAGCAAGUCAAGGCUGGGACUGGAAUCAAGACCCUCAUCGCGGGUGUUGAGGAAUAA